GCACGAUCUGCACCACUCACAAAUCAGUGCGAAUCUCAAGAUCUCGUAGACUGUGGUACCGAUGUUCGCCACCAGACGUGCUACCGGUACAACCGACAAACAUGUCUGACGUACGCAUAGACGUUGAGUAUUGCGGAUCGUGCGGUCACAGGACACAGUUUAUCGACUUGGCGACGCUGCUUAGGAAAGCUGUGCCAAAUGUUAAGAUAUCGGGUACCGAGGGAAGGCAAGCCUCGUUCGAAGUAAAAAUCAACGAUCAAUUGGUUUACUCAAAACUCCAGACGAUGGCAUUUCCCGACUUCGAGGCAGUGUCUGAUCUUGCGAAAGCCGUUUCCCAUGGUAUGCCGAUUAAGAAGAUUGAAGGACAGCAGCCAAUUGAUUGUGCCAUAUCCUGAAAUGAAACUCCGCAAAUUACGUCUAAACUGUAGAAAAAGAAAUGCAAUGUAUUAUGAGAAAUAAAUCGGAUCUCCGAUUUGGACUACUG